CUCCUCAUCUUCAGUUCUUCUUCACUCUGAGUUUCAGUAUAGUGAGUAGUUCACUGGUCUUGGCUAACGUGCACCAUGGGUUCAGUUCGCCACCUCCUCCUCUUCACGGCCGCCGUCAUUGCCGUUUCCUGCGCCGUUAGCGCCGCCCACAACAUCACCGCCAUCCUGGAAGGUCACCCGGAGUACAGCCAGUUCAACGACUACCUCUCCCGAACUAAGCUCGCCGACGAGAUCAACACCCGGACCACCGUCACCGUCCUGGUUUUGACCAACGGCGCUUUCUCCUCCAUUACCGGCAAGCACCCACUUUCCGUCGUCAAGAAUGUUCUAGAGCUUCACGUCUUGCUUGACUACUGGGAUGGAGAUAAGCUCCAUGAUAUCUCCAAGGGGACCACUCUCUCCACCACUUUAUACCAGACCACCGGCAAUGCGCCGGGGAACUUGGGGUUCGUUAACAUUACGGAUCAGAAAGGUGGGAAAGUCGGGUUCGGAUCUGCGCUUCCCGGGUCGCCAUUGGCGUCUCAGUACACCAAGUCUGUUAAGCAAAUCCCGUUUAAUAUUUCGGUGAUUGAGAUCAGUACUCCUAUUGUUGUCCCUGCGGUUUUGAAUGCUCCGGCGCCGUCGCCGUCGGAUUAUAACCUCACCGGCGCUCUUGAGAAAGCUGGAUGUAAGACGUUCGCUAGCUUGUUGAUUUCCUCCGGUGUGAUCAAGACUUUUGAGAAGGCUGCGGAUAAAGGGUUGACCAUUUUUGCGCCCAAUGAUGAGGCUUUCAAGGCCGACAGUUUGCCGGAUCUGAGUAAGCUUAGCAAUGCCGAUACGGUGGCGCUCUUGGAGUACCACGCCGUGGCUCAGUACACUCCUUUUGGGACGUUGAAGACCUCCAGGGAUCCGAUUUCGACUCUCGCGGCUAACGGCGCCGGGAAGUUUGACUUCAGCACGGAGACCUCCGGCGACUCUGUCACUCUCCACACCGGCGUGGAUUCCUCCAGGGUGGCGUCCACCGUCAUAGACUCCACUCCGCUCUGCAUCUUCACCGUCGACAAAGUGCUUCUCCCCGCCGAGCUCUUCGGCAAUGCUCCUUCUCCGGCUCCCGGACCCGCCCCGGAGAUCUCCCCUGCCCCAGCACCCGAAGCCGACGCACCAAGCCCCUCUCCGGAAGCCUCAGCCCCGUCGCCCCUCCUCUCUCCCCCGGCUCCCCCGACCUCAUCUCCCGGCGGCGCUCCCGCAGACAGCCCGGCUGCCGAUUCAGAGAACACCACCGCCAGCAAGAACUCCGGCGCCGUCAACGCUCCAGCAUUACUGCUCACCCUACUCGCAGUGUCAGUUUACAUGUCCUAAACAAUCAUUCUGUACCAUUGUUUGCCUAAAUUAUUCCACUUUUUUUUUUUUUUUUUUUUUUCUGCUUCUAUUUGUGUCUUGAAUUUGCAGAAAAGGAUUUUUAUUUAUUUUUACAUUUUAUUUAAAAUUGUACGGUUUGCGUGUGAUACUCAUCAUAUCAGACAUCAGGGAAUGAGAUUAGGACACCAUUGCUUUGAUCU